AAUGAAGUUUUACAUAAUUUUUGGAAGCGCUAUCUUCAGAAGAGCAAGCAGGCAUAUUGUAAAAACCCGGUCUACACCAGUGGAAGGAAAGUUACAAGUUACACAGAGAGAGAAGGAGAAAGAGAGAGGUCUUCCAUCCCCCGGUUCACUUCCCCAGUUGGCUGCAAUGGCUGGAGCUGCACCGAUCUGAAGCCAGGAGCCAGGAGCUUCCUUCGAUCUCCCAGGCAGGUGCAGGGGUCCAAGGACUUGGGCCAUCUUCCGCUGCCUCCCGGGCCACAGCAGAGAGCUGGAUUGGAAGUGGAGCAGCCAGGCCCUGAACUGACGCCCAUAUGGGAUGCCACGCUGCAGGUGGUGGCCUCACCCGCUAUGCCACAGCGCCAGCCCCUUUUUGCAUAUAUUAAUACCUACUCAAGAUUCAGCUUAGUUGUCAUUUCUCAGAAGCCUUGAUAUGAAGAAAAACACGUCUGAGUGCCGUGUGCCUCACAUUCACUGGGGCGGCCGUGUCAUUGUAGCAGCUUGUUUACUGCUUCAGCAGUGUGCCACGGAAUGUUCCAUCUGAGCGGAGGGUCAGUUCCGCUGCCAGGAACAGCAGGGUGGGCGUGACGUCCUCUCCAGAGCUGAGAAACAUUGUGCAUCUGUCCAGUGUAGAUGUGUGAAAAGCGUGGGAGCUCAGCCCGGUGUUCCCGUGUCUGGCUGGGUCUUCAUGGCUUCACAUGCAGAGUUCGGUGACCCAGGACUGAGGAAUGGGAGUCUGGGUGAAGAAGAGGGGACAGGCGGGCAGCGCGGACGCCUCUGAGCCCUGAGUGUCCUCACGUGGUGCUGCUGCUUGGAGUGAGACGUUCAGGGCGCUAAUCGUGCAAAAUGCAGGGCUCAGAGGGGCGGUAACCUGAGAAAUCCACUCGGAAAUGACCAUUUAAGUAACUCCAGGGAAAUAGUCUAAAAGGGAAUAUUUACAGUCAUUGAAUUAGGAGAAGUCAUCCUGUCUUGACAUAGGAAACAGAUAGUUCACAAGAAGAGAAAAAGAUGCUGUAUAGUUCUUAGGUGACACUUUGAAAAAAGAGAGAAUUAUCCAAACUAAGAACUUGAUCUUACAUUUCACAGCUAAGAUCGUUGUUGGUUAUAUUCAUGCACUGGGACUUUGCCUAGCAUGGAGAAAAUACGAAUCAGAACCUGGGAUGCUCUGUGGCAUUUUUUUUUUCACUUAGAACAUUUUUAAUAAUGCACAUAAAAAAAGUAUUUGUCUUACAAAGUGUUCUGCGAUCCAAAUAUACAACAGCUUGGAAAACAACAUUUAGAAAACAAAAGCCAAUGUAAAAAGAGAAUGAAACAACUAAGACGUCGCAGGUAUCGUAUGGCUCAGGUUUACGGUUUUCUUACUGCGCCUUCAGCGUCAGAGAUCUGUUCCUUCAGCUGGCUCCCCUGCUCUGCAUCUAAAGAAGUGCCUUUUCUCCCUGGCUUCGUUUCACCGUCUGGAUCCAUCCAGUCCUCGGGAGUAUCAAUUAGAACUUUCCCUCUGGAGUCCCGAACACUGACGCACCUCAUUUUCCCAAUCAAACGUUAUCAUCGCUGCCGCUGCUGCUCUGUCUGGGAGACGACAGAGCUCUUGAGGUGUUAGAAGACCACCUGAGUCAUUCAGACUGGACCAGUGAUCCUGAGCUAAGUGAUGCUCACUGUCUGUCCUUGGUUGAAAGCUGGGCGGAGUCUCAGUCUGACGUCCAGAGUCGGAAGCCUUCCUCCAGUACCAGAGCAUCGCACUCAGAAACCGCGUCGAUCUGCUCGGGCUCUCUUGAUGGGGUCGAGUACUCGCAGCGGAAGGAGAAGGGCAUUGUGAAGAUGACUGUGCCCAGGACGCUUGCUUUCCUCUAUCUGUCCUUACUUUGGCAGAGAGAGGCCGUCACUCUUUCAGACCUUCUGAGAUUUGUUGAAGAGGACCAUAUUCCAUAUGUAAAUGCUUUUGAGCGUUUUCCAGAAGAAAUGAAACUGUAUGGGCGUGACAAAGGCAUCUUUGCUGUGGAGUCGUGGCCUGACUAUGAAGAUAUCUACAAAAAGAUGAUUGAAAUUGCCAUAUUCUUAGAUUUGCCUCGUUUUCCAGACAUAACUGAAGACUGCUACCUCCACCCCAACAUCUUGGUCAUGAAGUACCUGAUGGAAGUCAACCUCCCUGAUGAAAUGCAGGGUUUAACCUGCCAAGUAGUGAAAAUGACUGGAAUAGGAGAGGUGGAUUUCCUGACGUUUGAUCCUAUCGCUAAAAUGGCAAAGACUGUUAAAUAUGAUGUACAAGCUGUGGCUGUCAUUGUAGUGGCACUGAAACUGCUCUUUUUAUUGGAUGACAAUGUGGAAUGGUCUUUGUCUGAUCUUGCUGAAGACUAUAAUGAAGACCACCAAGAUAAGCCAUGGUUUGAUUUCAGAAAGUGGUACCAAGUUAUGAAGAAAACCGUUGAUGAGAAAAAACAAAAACGGGAGGAAGCCAGGGCAAAGUACCUGUGGAAAAGUGAAAAGCCACUCUACCACUCGUACAUUGACAAGCCGGUGGUGUAUAAGAGACGAGAGAUGGUGGUGAAUCUCCAAAAGCAAUUCAGUGCACUGGCUGAUUGCACCCCAGCUCCUGGGGAGAAAAAGCCUUCAAGCUUUCAGUUCAACUGGACUGAGAAGGGCACCGACAGGCCGUGUUUCCACGGACAUAGCCUGAGGGGCGUCCUGAGUAAGAAAGGCCAAUCCCUGGUCAUCAAGAACUCGCUAUACUGGCUCAGCACCCAAAAAUUCUGCAGAAGCUACUGUAAACAUGUGACAACCUACGAAGAAUCUAAUUUUUCUCUGAGUUACCAGUUUGUAUUAAAUCUCUUCUCCUUCCUGCUGAGAAUAAAGGCCUCCUUACUCCAUGAAGAAGUGAGCUUAAUUGAAAAGAAACUUUUUAAAAGAAAAUACAUGAGUUCAAACGAGUCUUCAAGAUCCAGAAGAGUGAGAAGACGUUGAAAACAAUUGAAGAGACUUGGAAAGAUAUUUCAGUGGUGCUAAGCGGUGUCAGAUUGUAAUGCCACUUUGCGGAGGAUUGUGGGAAGUGUAUUUUAUCACAUGUGUGCACACACACACAUACAUACAUAGGUAUCAAAUGUGUUCAUAAAGUUGCUUGCUGUGGGGGCUGGUGUUGGGGUGCAGGGGGUUAAGCCGGCAGUGUGACACCAGCGUCCCACUUGGGAGUGCCCAUUCACGCCUGGCUGCUCCACUCUGAUGUGUCUCCCUGCUAGUGCACCUGUGAAGACAAAGGGCGGUGGCCCAAGUAUUGGGGCCCCGCCACCCAUAGGAGAGACCUGGAUGGAGGUCCAGGCCCCUGGCUUCAGCCUGACUACUGGGACCGUUUGGAGCGCGCACCGGAGGGCGGGCGAGAUCUCUCCAUGUGCCCUCCUUCUGCCUUUCACAUAAUAAAUCUUUUCUAACAAUGGAUGCUAUACGAUAUGACAUGUAAACUUUUUUUUAAUUAAUAUGAAUGUUUUUGAGAAAAUUAAAGCAAUAUAUUUAUAUAUAAAUGGUAUCUAGAAAUUUGUGUUUGUUGUAGUUAAAAUUAAAUUUGCUUUUUUGAACUAGACUGCUUCCUUACUCUUUAUACCCCAAACGAAUCCCAGGGGGAUCAGCGGUCUAAACAGUGCUCUUCCGUAUGUGCACGUAGGAGAGCGUUAGAACAAAACCAGAGUGACUGUUUCAGAGACCGUGGUGUGGGGAAGGACUCUCAACACGCCUCAGACCAGACGCCAAGAGGAAAAGACUGACCCAGGACAGCGGGUUCCAAAGUAGGGAAACUGCUUGCAGCAUACGGAGGACAAAGGGCGGAUUUCUUCGGUGUGUCGGUAGUUCUUGCAAAGCAGUAGAGAAAAGACCGAGCAGGGAAAAAAGCAGAAAGGCAGAGGCCAAGCCGAGAACCAUGAUGGAAUGAUCCACUCCACUCAUUCAUGGAACAGCAAUUGAAAUGGGUGCACUUCCCACCUAACCGCUUAGCGAAGAUUGUGCAGGUUUACAAUGACUGUUGAGAAUAUCAGAAAAUCAGGCGUCUGUCAGAGCCCAUUUAUUCAUCCCCGGGUACUGCCUGAGCAACACACGUGGGGACCAGGAGUGCAGCCCUCGGCCAGACCCCUGCCGGUAAGGACCGCGUGUGCGACCUGAGUGGGAGCAGUUGGUAAACAGAUGUGUGCUUGGGGAAUGGACUGCAGUGACGAGAGGCUGAGGGAGGGCCCUCUGGGGAGGGGACAUGUGACCGGAGACCAACUGCCGUUCAGGGACUCGAGUGCGAAGACCCAGGAAUUGUUCAGGUGUGGCAGGAGUGUUGGGGUUCAAGGAGAGAGGCAGCAGGUGCAACGGAAGAGGCCCUGUGAGUCAGGGUCGUGAUGGCUUUUACCCCGAGUGUGCCACGGGAAGCCGGGGGGAAUGUGAAGCUAAAGUCUGAUGUGACCCAGCCUAGGUUAGAAAAGUGUCCCUGUGACCAUUCCGCGGGAGCAGCAGGGGCGUGUGGGCAGGGAGGCUAACUGGAAUAAGGGCGGCUGGGGCAGUGGUCGGUUGUGGGUGUGGGAAACCAAGGCUCCGAGGGUUUUCUCUGGAGCAGUUCAGGUUCGCGUGCCUGACGAGGCUGUCGGCAUCGCCUCCUGUUGCCCGUGGCACAGAGCGGAGUUGUUCUGUGCUGAGGCUGUGGAGAUGGCGCGGCACAAGGCUCCUUGUGCUCGGGGCCACAGUGAGUACAGUGACCGAGGGGCUGCGAGGCGCCAGCAGGGCAGGAGUGCCCCCGGUCCCUGCAGCGGGGUGUGAUUGGCUUGAGUAAUUGCACAGGCUGGCUCUGUUGAUGAGGAGUCUUAGGCCUUAUCCCAAAGAGGGGUGGCCUGGGACCUCCCGUUGGGCCAUUCAGGGCCCCUGUGGGUCCACUGGACGUCAAACCAGCACCUGAGAGGACCCAGAGGAGAGGUGGGCCAGGAACUCAGGUCUGCUCAGACACGUGCGUCUGAGAUGCCUUGAUAGGUGCCGGAGAGACAGCGGGGAAACCCAUCGUGCGGCGGCCUGGGGCGGGGACCUCCUGUGGGGUCUUC